UCGGUUUGCCAGCCUAUCUGCGGAAAAGCAAAGAAACGUCAAUUGAACGCAGAGGAAAAAAUUGUGCUCUGUACAUUUUUAUCGAUAGCUAGAUAGCGGUUGUAAAUAAUGGCCUUAGUUCGGAUUUAACGCGUAAUUCAACGGAAGUUCCUAGAUGGUUUGAUGUUUCAACUAGUUUUAAUUCGGUAAAGUGUUAAAUUCGGCACUCCUCAGCGGAAAUCAUCUCCGGGCCUGAAGCCGGAUCAGUUUUGUGUUUUUGUUUUGUGUACAUCCUAGUCAGCGCUCUCCGGCACCAAACCAAACACCGCCAACAGUUCCGAUGGCCGCUCAAAGACAAAGCAUGAACGAAAUUCUGCCACCGUUUGUUACCGAAAUCGAUAUCAAAGAAGUGGAAUUUAUUGGGACGGUGGGGAAAGGCACAUUCGGAACGGUCAUCAAGGGCACGUGGAUGGGUAACUAUGUCGCCGUAAAAUACAUCACCCAAGAGUCGGAACGGAAUGCAUUUAUUACCGAGGUAAAGCAAUUGUCGCGGGUGGCGCACCCGAACAUCAUCGGACUGUACGGGGCGUGUACCAAACGGCCCGAUGUCUGUCUGGUGAUGGAAUAUGCCGACGGUGGCUCGCUGCAUACGGCUUUGCACUGUCGACCGAAACCGAUCUAUACGGCGGCUCACGCCAUGAGCUGGGCGAGGCAAUGUGCGGAGGGAGUGGCUUACCUGCACGAUAUGACUCCGAAGGCGAUGAUUCAUCGUGACCUGAAACCUCCCAAUUUGCUGCUGGUGAGAGAUGGUACGGUGCUUAAGAUUUGCGAUUUCGGUACCGUAACCGACAAAUCGACCCGAAUGACCAACAACAAGGGUAGCGCCGCCUGGAUGGCCCCGGAAGUGUUCGAAGGUUCCACCUACACGGAAAAGUGCGAUGUUUUCAGCUGGGGCAUCAUUCUGUGGGAGGUGAUUGCCCGGGAGCAACCGUUCCGGAACAUCGAAAACUCGUAUGCCAUCAUGUGGCGCGUGCAUCAGGGCAGCCGGCCCCGGUUGAUCGACGACUGUCCGAAGCCGAUCUCGCAGCUGAUGAUUAAUUGCUGGAAUCAGAAUCCCGCCGAUAGGCCCUCGAUGCAGCAGGUCGUCGACACAAUGAAUCAGUUGUGCAAAUUUUUCACCGGAGAAAACGAACCCAUCAUUUAUCCGGAUGAUCCUGAUGACGAUGAGGAUGAAAGCUACCAGUGUGAGGAGAAUACCCUGGACACAAACCGGCACGGUUCAACAUCAAGCUACAAGUCAACUUAUUAUGGCAAAGAUCACAGCACGGUAACGUCAAAGAACACCAAUCACACCGACACCAACACAUCAAUUGCUGCCGCCAUUCGCAGCAAUGUGGUGUACCGUGUGCCAACCCGAGAUGCUUACAGCAUAGGGACCGAUUAUGGUCGCUAUCAGAUAAAAAAUAAUGUCACUCCAAGUGGUCUCUACACCAAAAGUGCGCGUCCCGGAACGGGUGGUGGUUACGGCAGUCCGGAUUUUGGCUUUCGAAAUACCGCCGUUCGUCGAGUUAGACCGAAAUCCCCGCCACCGCAGGUUGCGAACAGCGCUGCCACUAGUCACCUGCACGGUCCGUUGACCGUUGACAUCGAUCCGUCAAUGACCUGGAAAACUGUUGAUACCGAAGGGUCUUUCCAUGAUCUGGUUGACAGUGCCUCCAACAACCAGGGAACCGAGAGACUGGUCGUUACCAGAAGAAACAACGGACCGAUCGACGGUGGUUUGCCGUGUGCACCCGCGACGUCCGCCGGUGCACUAGCUUCCGGGAAGCUAAGCUCCACCAGUAACUUAAACACUAGUCACAUCACGAGCACCAGCAGCACCACCACCACUACCGGUAGUAGCAACAUCAACAACAGUGCUGCAGCUGGCGAUGCCGUCAGUAGUAGCACUUCGAAGACUUUCUCGACUUCGGCGGCGGAGGCAGCUCUCGACUACAAAUCGUUGAACAGUAUUUUGGACGAUAACCUACGACCGCUGACGCCGCUACCCGGCAAUCCACGGUCCGAGCAGAUUCACAAUGAGCACAAACAGCUUGUGAAGGAAUACUGGGAGAUCCAAACACAAAUCGUUACCAAUCAAGCUCAUCGUGACACUCUGCAGAUGAACAUGCCAGCCGACGAGUUGCGGCUCAAGAAAGAGUAUCUGAAGAAACUGGAGGAGAAGGAAGCCCUACUCAAAUUCAAAGCGAACCUUCAGAAACAACUGGACGAACGGAAACGGAUAGCUUCCGGCAGUAAUCUGCUCCAUGCCGCCGGUCCAGCUCACCUGCAGCAGGCCCAACAUCAACAGUCGGCACCUCCUCCUUCUUUUUUUCCUUCGUCUUCUUCUUCUUCCUCUUCUGGUCCGGCCGUUAGCUCUCCGGCAGGGCUCCGAAGGCAGGACUCUACGACCGAAUCGGGUUGGGUAAUCAUAUCACCGGAAGAUGGUGCCACCGGGAACAGUCCCAGUUGAAAGCCGCUCCCACCCCCGGCUACCAAACCGUCCGCGUUUACUCUGUCGGAAGCAAUUUGUGAUGUGAUCGAUUUUACGAACAGUAGAAUUCAAGUGCCAAAUAAAAGAAAGAACAAAACAAAAAACCCUUUGAAGGUGGGAUCUUUUUCCCGCUUUCCGAAUCGUGAAUACAUACGUUUAGGGUUUGUUGCAUAUUUGUAUUGUACAUGAUAUACAUAUAUCUACUGAAAAACAGUCGUCAGUGACGAUGGUCUUUUGUUUAGGCUUAGGUUAAAUAUUUGUUCUUUUACCGUUCUAGAUUAGAAAAAGUGUAAUAAAUGUGAUAUUACACUAA